GCCAGCAUUCUAACCCGAUUUGGCCAAGGGACCAUCAGUGUAGUUUAUACAGCUUGGAAUGAUUGGUGAUUUUUCUUGCUAAGGUAGUGAUGGGAAACUCUACAGCUCCUGGCUUGAGAGCGUGUGGAACUUGUGCCUUGCUGUUGGGACGGAGAAGAUGGAAAGGUCGUUGACGCACUAAAUACCCUCUCUGUUAAUUUGGUGUCUUUGUGAAGUUACGCGUGGAAUUUCCGCCGCGUUCCGCUCCCGCGCUAGCGAUCUCGCGAGCGCUCUGGCGCGGGGAGGAGCUUCGUUGGUAAUUGGUAAUAGGGUUGUAGGAGUUGAAUCGUUCCACCGAUUGCAGGUAGUGCCGCGGGCUUGUGUUGUGUCGAGCGCCGAAGUAAGAUCGGUACACGUAGUAGAGGCAACGCCAGAAGAGUGCAAAGGCGCUUCGGCAAAAUUAAGCGAGCGGGAGGCGGGUUUUGCGAGAGAGAGCCGAUGUAUCUGGGAAGAGCGCAGGACUCCUCGGUUGUGGUCGUCCGAAGUCUGACUCAGAGGCGCGCACUCACGGACACCCACUCUUUCACACGCAUAUAGACAUUCACGCGCGCGCACACUUCACAUACACUCACAGGGACAUUCACGCGCGCGCACGCUUACAUAGGGACGUUCACGCGCGCGCACAAUUACAUACACUCAGGCGCGCGCACACACACACACACACACACACACACACACACACACACACACACACACACACACACACACAGACAGACACAGAGAGAGAGAGAGAGAGAGAGAGNACACAGAGAGAGAGAGAGAGAGAGAGAGAGAGAGAGAGAGAGAGAGAGAGAGAGAGAGAGAGAGAGAGAGGCUAGUGUGCGUGUGGCAGGUGGUGGUCGUGGCUGAGCAGCGGGACCGCGGUGUGGUGCGGUGGGAAUUGUGUGUCUGUUGAGCUUUUGCCUAGAGAAGAGGUCGACGCGACUGGAUUGAUAGCGCAGGAGAAUCGACAUGUCGACUCCGUCGAGGAAGCGGCUGAUGAGGGAUUUCAAGCGGUUACAGAAUGAUCCUCCUGCCGGAAUUAGCGGGGCUCCUCAGGACAACAACAUUAUGCUUUGGAACGCAAUAAUUUUCGGCCCGGACGACACUCCUUGGGAUGGAGGUACCUUCAAGCUGACGCUGCAAUUCACUGAAGAUUAUCCGAACAAGGCUCCCACUGUGCGCUUUGUCUCGAAAAUGUUUCAUCCAAAUAUUUAUGCGGAUGGCGGCAUUUGUUUGGAUAUACUGCAGAACCAGUGGAGUCCAAUUUAUGAUGUUUCUGCAAUCUUGACCUCUAUUCAGUCCCUCCUCUGCGAUCCGAAUCCAAAUUCACCGGCAAACUCCGAGGCAGCUCGUCUAUACAGUGAGAACAGGCGUGAGUACAACAGGCGCGUAAGGGAGAUCGUGGAGCAGAGCUGGUCGGUAGAUGGAAGUUGAGGGCGUGCUCGGGCGAGGUGCAGGGGCUUAAGGCAGCGGAUGCUUUCUUGAGGGAGGUUGACAUUGUACAGGCAGAGCAGUGAAGCAUGAGCUCUUGUUUGUUUUCUUCAGGGUUGUAGUAGAUUGUUUGCCUGAAAAGGGGAGUGUGGGGGAAUAUUAGAACAGAACAGGUAUGAACAUCCAUUCCUAUCAGUCUCUCUGUUUGAUGAGGAGUGGAUAGCGUGGGCGAAGACAGCUGAUGUCAACGUUUAGUUUUCCUCCCUAUGCAUGCCUGGUUGUAUGUAUGGGUUCUUGUGAGCGUGGAGGAUACAGUGGCGUCUCGCGAGGAGGAUGGGAAUGUGGUUGUAUGUUGUCUGCUUAUUACAAACGGCUACUCAGACGCAUGUCGAGCUUAGUCUUUUCCUGUCGUCUCUCUUAUGGCAAUUUGGGGGUUCGUCUGUUUCUACCAUUCUGUACCCCCCCCCUCAUCUAGAUGUGUAUAAGAGACAGCCCUCCCUCCCCCCUCCCCCCCCCGGUGCUCGCUUUCAAUGCCCUAUGGCAGGGAGACAUGGAUGAUAGGUGUCAAGGUUCUGUUGUCGAGUGUGACAAUAUGGUCAAGAGUGCGGUGGUGUACUGUCUCUGCCUGCCAGUGUCGACAGGUUUGGGUGGGUCCUUAUCAGCCUUGAUAUGGGGAAGGGCUGCAUCAGGAAAAUGCGAAAGCCUAAUCAUUGGCUGGCUAUAGGGGUGGCCAGCUCCUGUUACAGGCUGGGCUUUUCUUUGUUAGAUUGAAAGGCACAGUCUGGUGGGAUUGUGCUGCUGACCGAUGUUGGACUUCAUGGGAGCUUUUAGAACUCUUGUGGUGAGCUUCACGAAAAAUCCAAGGAGGUCACAAGAAUGAGGACACAUCCUCGGAUGGAUUCGACUUUAUCGCGGGUCUGUGGAUUCGACUUUAUCGCAGGUCUGUGGAUUCGACUUUAUCGCAGGUCUGACCUACUUGUAUUUGUAGUCUGCAAUGGGGAUUUUGUUUGGUUCAUUUUUGGGUCUCAUAGACAAGGUUUAUGACAUUCUCUCCAUGUCGGUAUGUCUUUCUUUCUUUCUUUUUUUCUUUUUGCCUCUCUAAAAUUGCGGCCUGGAGGUUUGUUCUUGAAGCAUGUCCGUGCUUCCUUCCCAGGUCAGAAAUGAAAUGCGCUUGGUCCAAUGCUGCUUAGUCCUUGGUCUCUUUUGGUUGGGGUUUGGUUCCAUUGGAAGGUUCACAAUCAAUCAUGCCUCAGAAUCUGAUUGUGGUAACAAUAGAUAUGAUGUCUUUGGCACUAGGAAUAAGAGACUGCUGAUUCUGCUUGGUUCAACUUUGGGUCGUAUGGAUUAAGUUCAUGAUGAUAUUCUCUCCAAAGUCUCGUGUGUUGUUUUUGUAAGUUUCUCUCCUUUCUUUCGUUCUUUCGUUCUUUCUUUUGUUGUUAAUUUCUUUCUUUCUUUCUUUCUUUCUGUCUGUCUUUCUUUCUUUCUUUCUCACUGUUCUAGAAAAGCAGCAUGGAGGUUCGUUGUUGAAACUCGUCUAUGUGUUUAGAGCCGACCUUGUCCGCGUGACCUUGUUCUUUCUGAGUGUUCUGCAGGCGCAGCCCCUACCUUGUUAUUAUCGAAACGCUUUGUUCCUGACCCUCGUUUGGUUCUAUGAGAAGGGUGGCAAUCAUGUCUUACAGUCUUUAGAGUCUGAGGGCGUCGCCGAUGGGACACGAAACGAAGAAUGAAAGGCGUGCAUCUUCCUGCAGAAAAUGGCCAGGUUCGUCGAUUUGCUAUAAAUAGUAACGAGUGUAUUUUGCCACCUUUCGUGGGCAGAUGCACUCGUUUUGUUUUCGUUUUGUGUGCCGUGUGGCGAGACCCUGAGUGUGGUAACAAUCAGGAUGUCUUGGGCACCCGUAAAAAGAAACUGACCUGUGGGCAGGUUGGAUAGUUGGUGGGAUGUUUUUGUUGUUCUUGUUCGCAGCAUCUGUCUUGCUGUCACGAGUC